GCUCUGCACGCCGGGAGCGGAAGCGGCAGCCGCGUGGUGGAGGCAACAUGGCGGCCCCCGGUAGGAGGAAGCUGGCAGAGCUGAGCCUGGAUGAGUUCCUCGCUGCCGGCUCGGACUCGGAGCAGGACGGCGGCUGGCAGGAGGAGGAGGAGGAGGAGGAGGGCGGCCGGGCCCUUCAGGGCGCUGCGAGGCGGCGGCGGCCGAGCGGGAAGGCGGCCCAGGGGCUGCAGGCACGGCCGGGCAGCAGGAAGAAGGGAAAGGCAUCUGAACACAAAGAUCAGCUCUCCAGGCUGAAGGACAGAGACCCCGAGUUUUAUAAGUUUCUGGAGGAGAACGAUCGCAAGCUGCUGGAUUUUGAUGCCUCAGACAGCUCUGAGGAGGAGGAGGCUCUGCACAGACCCCCUGAUACACUCGAGGUAGCCAGUGAUGAAGAUGAUGAAGAUGAAGAAGAAGAAAAAGUCAAAAGGAAGAAAGUUUCCUUCAUCCAUGUGAGCUUGAAAAUGGUGGAGGAAUGGAAGAAAGCUGCCCAGGGGAAUCUCACCCCAAAACUCUUCCAUGAAAUCACCCAAGCCUACAAGGCAGCUGUGGCCACCACCAAAGGUGACAGUGGUGGCGACCCCAGCAAGUUCCAGGUGACUGACACUGCAGUGUUCAAUGCCCUGGUGUCCUUCUGUAUCCGGGACCUCUUCCUCUACCUGCACAAGCUGCUGCUCCCCAAAGCCCCCAAGAACAAACUCAAAAUGGUUCUCCCUUCCACCAGCCCCCUCUGGGGAAAGCUACGACUGGACAUCAAAGUUUAUCUUGGCUGUACCAUAAAACUGCUGUCGUGCCUGACCGAGGCCUCAGUGGGUGCAGCAGUCCUGCAGCACGUGAAUUCCACAGUUCCAUAUUACCUGUCCUUCCCAAAGCAGUGCCGGGCCCUCCUCAAGCAAACCAUCACUCUGUGGAGCACAGGGGAGGAGACAGUCAGAGUCCUGGCCUUCCUGGUGCUGAACAAGAUCUGCAGGUACAAGAAGGAGGUUUACCUCAGCCCCCUGCUCAAGCAAAUGUACAUUGCCUUUGUGAAGAACUCCAGGUUCACCUCUCCCAACGUGCUGCCCAUGAUCAACUUCAUGCAGCGCACGCUGACGGAGCUGCUGGCCCUGGACACACACACCUCCUACCAGCACACCUUCAUCUACAUCCGCCAGCUGGCCAUCCACCUGCGCAGCGCCAUGACCCUCAGGAAGAAGGAGAACUUCCAGUCAGUCUAUAACUGGCAGUACAUCCACUGCCUGUACUUCUGGUGUCGAGUUCUCAGCACCAUCCACCCCAGUGAGGUCCUGGAGCCCCUGAUCUACCCCUUGACACAGGUCAUUAUUGGCUGUAUCAAACUGGUGCCAACGUCUCGGUUCUACCCCCUGCGCAUGCACUGCAUCCGUGCCCUCACCCUGCUGUCCCAGAGCACCAGGACCUUCAUCCCCGUGCUGCCCUUCAUCCUGGAGGUGGGUUGUUCCCUGCUGGCCCCUCCUCCCUGGAUCCAGCACUUCCCUGCCUGCUGGAAAUGUGUCUGCAAGAUUUGUACCCUUUCUCCACAGGAACAGUGGGAGAAGCAGGUGAAGGAGGAGGGAACGCCCCUGACCAAAUAUUACACUCAGUGGAAGAAGCUGAGAGAGAAGGAGAUCCAGCUGGAAAUCAGUGGCAAGGAAAGACUUGAAGACUUGAACUUCCCAGAAAUCAAGCGCAGGAAGCAGGAUGAGAGAAAGGAGGAGGAUAAGAAGGAAUUCAAGGAUCUCUUCGAGCUGGACAGUGACUCUGAGGAGGAGAACGGUGGAUUCUCUGUGAAAGGGAAGGGCAGAGCCAGGCAGGCCUCAGAUGACAGCUCAGAAGCCAGCAGCAAGGAGUUUGGGGAGGAGGACGAUGAUGAAGAAGGAAAUUACGAAGUGGAGGAAGAGGAGGAGGAAGAACUGGAAGAAGACAGCGAGUCAGAGGAGGAAGGCGGGGAAGGAGCCCGGCAUUCCCGGGAUUCCCGGAGCUGCCCCCGGGGGCUGUCCCGCUCCGACCUGCAGCAGCUGGCACAGGGUGGGGACGACGUCGUGCAGGACCUGCAGUUCUCUGAUGAGGACUGAGCACCUCCAGCCCCUCCAGCCUGCAGCACCUGGAGCUGCUGGCAGAGCCAGAACACAGGUGGGACCAGCCCCAGGUGCCACCCAGGACCCGCUGGGUGACACAACUUGGACUUUUCAACUCAACCUGGACUGUUCCAGCUUUUUCUACCAGCUCUGUUUUUGGUACCAAUAAAACCGUGGCCAAGUCAAGGCCAGUAAAAACUGCUCAGCAGAGGGAAUAAAAGCCCCUCAUUAAAAUCUGCUGCUUUCAA